AUGCCUCCCCGGAGCUCCCUCUCCUCCUUUUCGGUCACAGACGCCUCAAACGAGGUCGUCUGUCCUCUGAAGAAUAACGACGGCUCCAAUUGUCGCAAGCGAUGUUUGGGAGAAAAACGCUUUCGCUCGAUGCAGGAGCAUAUCCGGCGCGCUCAUCCCAGUCACUACAUUCCUAAGCUGCCGGCUACCGAGGAGAGCUUUCUUCUCAUGGUGAACCAGGACAAAAUCCAAGUCGACUCUCCCCCCGACGAACCUCACCCCGCCGCCGCCACCGCCGCUGUCGCACUGGCUCAAUUGCACCAUCAUCGCCUUGCCUCCGACUGGGAGGAGGACACUCGCUCCGUGGAACUCCCGCCUCUGCGCGACCAUUUCAAGCACGAGGACUCGCUCCCUCCCUUCUCUCCCCCGCGCCCGAGGAAGGAUUUCCUGCUCCCCUCCAUUCUGUCCCAUUCGCCCCCGCCGCGCUCCUCCACGCUGCCCCCGAUCCACCGCAAAGACCGGCUCCCCAGACCGCGCAAGUCGUCCAUCACGCAGAAUGCUCGCAAACCCAAACACGAUCGGCCCCGUCGUCCCAGUCUCGGUGAACGCAAGGCCUUGUCUGCGGAACCGCAAACCGCCGCCUGGGCCCAAGGUAAGCGCUGGGAAGAUCUGAUUGAAGCUGCUACGUCCGCUACAGAGGCCGAUGAUGACCGUUCUUCAGAGCACGGCCCGUCGCCUACGAUCCCUCCGCUUAUCGCCAAUAUCACCUCGGCCCCGUUGGACCAGCCGCAUCGCUCCUCGCUCCCUCCCGCCUUCCAUCCCCCGCAUCGCUCGCUCCCACCGCCGUACGCUGCGUCGCCCCUACACAAGUCGCUGACCCCGCCACCGCAAAUGCACCGCGGUCGCGACUCGGAUCUAGAGCCCUUUCCAUCCAUCGAAUCCUCGCUCGAUUCGGCCUCGAGCGCCUCAGGCAAGAACUUCCCGGUCUCUCGUAAUCUAGCCCCGUCCGCGCUAUCAGACUCCAGCCCGGUUUACAACAUGUACCCCUCAUCCAUGCACGCGCGACAACACCACCGCUUCUCGAACCCCACGCCAGCGUCGCUCCGGAGCAGAGAAAUCAACAUCUACUGCGCUAGCUGCCAGCGCCCCUGGGCGUUGGACGACUGCUACGCCUGUACCGAAUGCAUCUGCGGUGUCUGUCGCGACUGCGUCGGGAUGUUCCUCACCAGCCCGGCCAACAUGUUCCGGAACAUAACAUCGAGUCCUGGCAGCGGUCCCACGAACGGCAUGUUCCAGGGCCCGGGUCCCGGUCCCGGUCCGACUAGUCACCCUAGUCCUGGUCCGAGGGGGUGUCCGCGAUGCCGCACGGUCGGGAGUAAAUGGAAGGCAUUUCAGCUUGAGUUCCGUUGA